UGAUCGGUAGGAAUAACAAAACUUGCAAAUCCACUGAAUAGGUAUAAACCUUAUUCAAGAAAUACAAUAAUUUCUUUCAAUCCUCAUUACCGAAUCAACUAUCAUACGAUGAAGUUAAAUUUGAUACUCUUAGUUGUUGCAACAUUGGUUGCUUGUGCUGCAAGUUGGGAAUGCACACCCUCAGAUUGGGCUAGAUAUAAGAAAGAAUACAAUAAAUAUUAUGAUUCCAAUGAAGCAGAUUUGUUUCAUAAAAAUACUUUCUGUGAAACUAUUAUAAAUAUUGAAGCAAACAAUCACGAUUUUACUAAUGGUGCGGUUAACACGAAAAUAUCGGUGACUGCGUUUACGGAUUUGUCACCAACCGAGCAAGAAGAAUAUCGUAAGAGUCAUGGCUUCAUUAGAAAGCGUAAGCCAAAACCAAUUAAAAAGGAAGAGGAAGACGACCAGGAAGAGGAAUAGUUGAUUUGUUUUGUCAAUAUAAUAAUAAUAACUUUACGAUAAAAGUAAAGGUUUAAAGUUUUGUUUGUGUGUUCGAUUAUAAAGCUUCAAUUUUCUGAAGAAAACAGAAAUGUUUAAUAAUAAAAUAAAUUCUUUUUUAAAAGUCAAAUGUCAA